AACAACCUCCACUGUUUUAACAUCAAUUUCUUUCUGUUAUGUAAGGAAAACAAAAUCAUUAGCAAAAUCUAUUAUUCAAAUUUCAAAACUCUCUUUUUUUCUUUCUCUUUCUCUCUCUAAACUCCAUAGCUAGAAACUUCACUUUUCUGAGCUUCAUUCUUCUCCAACCGACCCACAUGCGAAAAGCAUGUCUCUUCUCAGCAGAUUCUUCUACAAAAGACCCCCAGAUGGUUUACUCGAAUUCAUUGACAGAGUUUACGUUUUCGAUUCAUGUUUUUCUACUGAAGCAUUACCAGAUGGAAUGUACCAGCUAUAUCUUCACGAAAUCGUGACUGAAUUACAUGAAGAGUUUCCAGAAUCAUCCUUUCUAGCGUUCAAUUUUCGCGACGGCGAAAAGCGAAGCAAUUUCGCUGAAAUAAUGUGUGAUUAUGAUGUUAUUGUUAUGGAUUAUCCAAAAAACUAUGAGGGUUGUCCUCUUUUGCCACUUUCACUUAUUCAGCAUUUUCUUCGUGUUUGUGAGAGUUGGCUUUUGCUUGGUAAUCAUCAAAAUGUGAUUUUGUUUCAUUGUGAAAGAGGGGGUUGGCCACUUUUGGCUUUUUUGUUGGCAAGUUUGUUGAUUUUUAGAAGGGUUCAUAGUGGUGAACGUAGGACACUUGAAAUGGUUCAUAGAGAAGCACCUAAGGGUUUGUUGCAGUUGUUGUCACCUUUGAAUCCACAGCCUUCACAGCUUCGGUAUAUUCAAUAUGUUGCGAGGAGGAACAUUGCGCCGGAGUGGCCUCCUCCUGAGAGAGCAUUGUCUUUGGAUUGUGUUAUACUUAGGGGAAUUCCUAGCUUUGAUUCAUCUAAUGGAUGUAGGCCGAUGUUUAGGAUUUUUGGCAGGAAUUUGCUUAGUAGAGGCGGACUUUCUACUCAGAUGAUUUAUAACAUGCAUAAGAAGAAGCAUUUGAGGCAUUAUAGUCAGGUAGACUGUGAUGUGAUUAAGAUUGAUAUUCAAUGUUUAGUGCAAGGAGAUGUGGUUCUGGAGUGUGUCCAUUUGGAUUUGGAUCCGGAAAGGGAAGUGAUGAUGUUUCGUGUGAUGUUCAAUACGGCGUUUAUUCGAUCAAAUAUACUGAUGCUGAACACUGAAAACUUGGAUAUUCUUUGGGACUCGAAGGAGCGGUAUCCGAAAGGCUUCAGGGCUGAGGUUUUAUUUGGGGAGGUUGAAAACAUAAGUCCUCAGAGAGCUCCGACGGAAACAGCCAUUUUGAAUGGUGAGGAGAAAGGUGGAUUACCUAUUGAAGCAUUUUCAAGAGUUCAAGAACUUUUUAGUGGAGUGGAAUGGGUUGACAGUGGUGAUGCUGCGGCAGUGUGGCUGCUUAGACAGCUUACUGUCUUAAAUGAAGCCAAAGAGUUUUCGAGGAUGCAAGGUAAAGGAAGUUGGUUUUCGUCACCAGCUGACUCUGAAGAAGAAAAUAAUGGAUCAAGUAUUGCUGAUAGUUCAGAUGAAGCCUUUGAUGUUACUCCCAAAUCUUCUGCUGUUCCUUCAAAAUUAUUGACAUCUGACACCCCUGAUUUGGAUCAUUUAGCUUUUGAAAACAAUGGUGGAAAUUGUGUAAAUCUCACUUCUAGAAUGCCUGAUCAGUUAUUGACUGAUAAUGUUUCACCACCUCAUCAUACCGGUGGUUCCCCUCUAGGUUGUAACACUGAUAAUGCUUCUGGUCCACCUCCACCCGCUCCCCCGCCCAUGACCAGCAAUGCUAGCAGUGCUUCAACAUUUCAUUCAUCUCCUCUACCAGGACCUGUCCAUACAAGUUCAGUCCCAUUACCUCCACCCCCACCACCUCCUCCAGGAUUUGCUCCCAUAGGUUCAGCCCCACCACCUCCACCUCCACCUCCUACAUUUCCCACACGAAUAGGUUUAACCCCGCCGCCACCACCACCUCCUCCUCCUCCAGUUCCAUCACAGACAGGUUCAGCUCCGCUACCUCCACCACCUCCUCCAGUUCCGCUGCAAACAGGUUCAGCUCCACCACCUCCACCACCUCCUCCAGUUUCUCUGCGAACAGUUUCAGCCCCUCCACCUCCACCACCUCCUCCAGUUCCUCUGCGAACAGGUUCAGCCCCGCCACCUCCACCACCUCCUCCUCCAGGUUCUACACGAACAGGAUCAGUCCCACCACCUCCACCCCCACCGCCUCCAGGCUCUACACAAACAACAUCAGCCCCACCACCUCCACCACCACCGCCAGGUUCUGCACGAACUGGUUCAGCCCCACCACCUCCACCACCACCACCACCUCCAGGUUCUACACGAACAGGUACAGCCCCACCACCUCCGCCACCACCUCCAGGUUCUACACGAACAGGUUCAGCCCCACCACCUCCUCCAGGUUCUACACGAACAGGUUCUGCCCCACCACCUCCGCCACCUCCUCCAGGUUCUACACGAACAGGAUCUGCCCCACCACCUCCGCCACCUCCUCCAGGUUCUACACGAACAGGAUUAGGCCCACCACCUCCACCACCUCCUCCAGGUCCUCCACGAACAGGUUCAGCCCCACCACCUCCGCCUCCUCCAGGUCCUCCUCGACCAGGUUCAGCCCCACCACCUCCGCCUCCUCCAGGUCCUCCUCGACCAGGUUCAGCCCCACCACCUCCACCUCCUCCAGGAUCUGGACGAACAGGUUCAGCUCCGCCAGCACCUCAGCCUCCUAAUGCUCCUCCUCCACCACCUGGUCGUGGCUCAUUGCCGGCACCUCCACCUAUUGCAGGCAGAGCCCCUGGCGUGCCUCCACCACCAGGCAAAGCUUCUCUAGCAACAACAAAUGUGGGAAGAGGUCGUGGUACUGGUACGACUGGUAUUGCUGUUAAAAAAACUUUGUUAAAGCCUCUGCAUUGGGUGAAAGUUUCUCGAGCAGUGCAAGGGAGUUUAUGGGCUGAUUCACAGAAACAAGACAAUAGUUCAAGGGCCCCUGACAUAGACAUAUCAGAACUUGAGACCCUGUUUUCAGCAGCAUCUAUUUCUGACGGAAAUAGUACUAAAGGUGGAGUUCGGCGUGGUCCUAAUAUUAAUAAACCUGAGAAAGUACAAUUGGUUGACUUGCGUAGAGCAUAUAAUUGUGAAAUAAUGCUCUCUAAAAUCAAAAUUCCUUUGCCAGAUAUGCUUAACGCAGUUUUGGCAUUGGAUUCUUGUGUUCUGGAUAUUGAUCAGGUUGAGAAUCUCAUCAAGUUCUGUCCCACAAAGGAAGAGAUGGAGAUACUGAAGAACUAUACUGGGAACAAGGAUAUGCUUGGGAAGUGUGAGCAGUUUUUCAUGGAGCUGAUGAAGGUUCCACGAAUAGAAUCCAAGUUAAGGGUGUUUGCUUUUAAAAUCACCUUUUCUGGUCAGGUGAGCGAUUUAAGGAAAAAUUUGAAUACAAUCAACGAUGCAACCAGAGAGGUCAAAGAAUCGGUAAAAUUGCGUCAAAUAAUGCAAACUAUUCUUACAUUGGGCAAUGCUUUGAAUCAGGGAACAGCACGAGGUUCAGCAGUAGGAUUCAAAUUGGACAGCCUUCUCAAAUUAUCUGAUACCCGUGCAAGAAAUAACAAAAUGACUUUAAUGCAUUAUUUGUGUAAGCUUCUUGCUGAAAAAAUGCCAGAAUUGAUAGAUUUUGACAAGGAUCUUGUCCAUUUGGAAGCUGCUUCUAAGAUCCAACUAAAAGCAUUAGCUGAAGAAAUGCAAGCUGUGCAUAAAGGUUUAGAGAAAGUUGAGCAAGAACUCACUGCUUCUGAAAAUGAUGGUUCUAUAUCUUCAGGAUUUCGCAAGGUGUUGAAGAAUUUUCUUGACUUUGCCGAAGCUGAUGUGAGGUCACUUAUAUCAUUGUAUGCCGAUGUGGGAAGAAAUGCCGAUUCUUUGUCCAAAUACUUUGGGGAGGAUCCAGCUAGGUGCCCCUUUGAACAAGUGACACAAAUACUUGUUGUCUUUGUAAAGACCUUCAACAAGUCAAGGGAGGAGAAUGAAAGGCUAGCAGAUGCUGAGAAAAAGAAAUUAGAGAAAGAAGCCAUGAAGGAAAAGACAGCAAAUAACACACAUUCUAGAAAAGACGUGGUUCGAUAGAGAUAUAUUAUAAACAAGCAUGAGGCACGAUUACUUUCAGUUCAAGCAUGCUGAAGUUGAACUGUACAGUUUGCACUCAAACGCAAUUCAUGCAUUUUUGCAUGCAUGCACUAUUGGAGAUCUAUAUGUUCUAUUGCAUGCUGGCCGUUGGAUCGAGGUGCGUGCAUCUCCCCUUGCGCUAGUGGUAAAGGGGAAAUAAAUCAACAAGCUGGAGGUCUUUUGUAAUUAUACCACAGAGCAACUAUAUGUUCUAUGACAAUGAGGCAUUUUGCUCCUCUUUAGAAUAGGGGCCAUAAUAUUUUUUAUACACUGAUGAAAUCUUCGGUCUUCACAUGUAUAUAUAUAUAUAUGUCACCAAUUUCUUUUUUGCCAUAA